CUAAUAGAGCAGAGUAACGUGACCAAUUGAAUCAUCCUGGCCCUGGAGCUUGACGCUGCACAUAACAGUGGAGUACAGAGCAGCACGCUCAGUCACAGAGACGACCUCAGCAGAGAGAUAUUUUCCUCCACUUUUUCUUUUGGACUAUUUUUGGGAUUUUCAACCCCAUUUUCCAAGGAAUUAGUGCCACUCUCUUAAUGUGCCGCAAUCCUCUGUCUGCUUAACAAAGCUCAAAGCCAGUCUAACGGGAACAGGUGUAAGGGCUCCCAUUUAGCCCCGAGUGCAGCUCUAGGGUCAAUUUCAUUUGCCCUGUUUGAGAUCUGCCUGCAACCAUGACGACCAAAUCCAACAGCAGUGUUCUGGCUGGCAAAGCUUCCUCCUAUCCUCUCUUGUCUUCUCCACAUCGUCAACGUCUAGUCACCAAAGACGGACACUGUACACUUAAUGCCCCUGUCUGCCCCUCAGAUUCAUGGCGUAGAAGCUGGGGCAGAGUCUGGCUGUUGGCACUUCAGGAUUUGUGGGGACUGUUGGUGAGUCUGCGCUGGAGAUGGGUACUCCUCGCCUUCUGUGCAUCCUUCAUUGCCCACUGGCUUUUGUUUGCCUGCUUGUGGUACUUGCUGGCCCAUCUCAAUGGAGACCUUGCUGUGAAAAAUCAUGAUGACCCCCCACAGGAUCACGUGGUUUGCGUGAAACAUAUUACAAGUUUCACUGCUGCUUUCUCCUUUUCUCUUGAGACACAGUUGACCAUUGGCUAUGGCACCAUGUUCCCCAGUGGAGACUGUCCCAGUGCCAUAGCACUGCUUGCUGUGCAAAUGCUGCUGGGACUUAUGCUGGAGGCCUUCAUCACAGGUGCAUUUGUAGCCAAGAUUGCACGUCCUCAAAAGCGAGCAGGUGCCAUCCAGUUCAGUCCACAGGCAAUAGUGGGCCAACACCAGGGGCAGAUGUGCCUAAUGAUACGGGUUGCUAAUCUUGUACAUCGACCUCUGGUGGACGUAAAGGUGAGUGCUGUGCUCUACGAGGAACAGGAUGGUCAAGCUCUGUACCAGACCUCACUGGACUUCCACUUGGAUCAUCUUGGGCAAAGACCAUGCCCUUUCUUUAUUUUCCCACUUACCUUUUAUCACAAACUGGACCGCCAGAGCCCUCUCUACCCUGCUCUGUGUGAAGGCACAUCUAACCACUUUGAGCUAGUCUUUUUCCUAACAGCUUUGCAAGAGGGAACGGGUGACUCCUGCCAGAAGAGAACCUCCUACUUACGCCAAGAAAUUCAGUUUGACCGCCGAUUUCUACCUGCCUCAGGGCUGGAUGCUCGGGGCAGGUACUUGGUGAGCAAAGACCAUUUUGACACCACCCACUCAAAGGAGCCUUUGAACAAAGAUUGUGUUGUGCAGAUUAAUGGUGAUGAUGCUGACAGGAUGGAGUAAACAUGAUAAACAGGAGAUUAACUUGGACAGAAGGAGGGGUCCUUUGCACACUAAUAUCUGGGUCAGGAGUUUUCAAAUAAUUUUCUUUUUUAACAUGGAAAAUUAUGCUUUACUUGGUUCACCAUUUGUCCAAACUACAGUAAGAUGCAAAUGAAGAAAGUACAGCACACGUAUAAAAUAUCAUCUCAGCCGCAGAUAAAUAUCAAAAUGGCUGCCUUAAGUUUGAUUGGACAUUUUAAACCCACAUGUCAGAUAUUACUUGUUUCCCAGCUUCAUCUUGUGAUCUGACCGAAUUAAGAUACAGCCUUCUGCAAAAUUGUGUUUUUUCUGUUUUAUAUGCUCACUAGUAUUUAUGACAGCUGUUGUACAUUCAGUUACAUUCAAAAUGGGACAUUAUUAUUUUGAGUUUUAAAUACUUUAAAGAUACAUAAAACAUUUGUGAAAAGCAAAUCUCUGCAUCUUUCACAGAGUUCAAGAAGGAAUACCUCCCACAGAUGCAUUAUGGGAAGUGAGACACCUCUUCAACAUAGUAUAGUAAAAAAAGCUUUCAUGGUCAAAAGAAGAAAGUGAAAGAAAAAUAGUUUAGCAAGAAAAGGACCCAAUCACUACAGUUACAUGUUAUGGCUGACAUGUCAGACAGGCAGAGGGCAGGGGAUGUUGCUCUGAACUGUUUUCAUUAGAGGUGAGUUUAUGUCUGUUACUGGCAAAAGUUUCGACCAGUGAGACAUAAACUUAGCAAACUGUAAAAAUAAUUAAUCUUUUAUUAAAUUCUUAAGGUUAAAUGAUCUGACAGGUCAAAGUUAGAAAAAUGGACAAAGAAUAUUAUCCAUUCAUCCAUCUUUUGUCCUAGUUUUGACCAGACAUUCCCAUACUCAGGUCACUAGAUACACACUUUGCAACCAUGAUCUUAUUAUUUUAAAUAAGAUCAUGGUGAGAUGUGGCUUUAACCAAAUGAGACUGCAGAAGCGCACAGUGAGAAAAGCCCAUAUCCUCUGCACCAAAUGCCUUCUCAAUCAGCAUACUGUUAGUAACCAAACCCAAAAAUGUUUGGCAAUUUUAGGAAAUGAACUAAGUGUUUAUGUUAGUUCCAGAAAGACAACAUAUCUGAGAUUAAAUUGGAGUGGGAUAGUGUCAGAACUAGCAUACUGGUGUACAUGUGAACAAAGUCAGUGGGACUUGGACUUAGAUGAUUUGAUGAUUACUCAACAACUCUAAAAUCUUUUUACAUGAUCAAUUUUAGGAUUGAGGUUACUGAUUGCAUUUCAAAAAAUGAUAGAUACAUGGAAGAUAAAUUUAGUAAAGGGAUGUCAUAAUGGUCCAAACCCAGCAAGUCUAAAAAAAUGACAUAAUACCAUUUGAUUCCACACAGCUGUGACAGAACAGAACAAACACAACACACCAAAGGUUGACCGUAGGAAGUUCAACUCAUCUAACUCCCAUUGUUCACAUAGCUACAUUAUCUGGUAAAUACAGAAUCACAUUUUCUAUUAUUUUUUACUUUGUCAAGAUGUGUGUGCCCCUGAAGAUGACUACUUGUACAUGAACAUUUUAAGGAUAUUUCUGAUCACUUUUUAUGUUUUUAUGUACUUCAGCAUUGGUGUGAAACCAGAUUUUAUCAAGCCACUAAAUAUUGGAAACUAUAAAAACAAGCCAGCAUUAAGCCACUAAUUUUAUUCAUCUAAAGCCUUUUGUUAAAACACUACAUAUAUGUCUUAAGUGAGGUUUCUAACAACGGAGUGACCUCCAUAAUGGCUAAUAUAUGUACGUAAUGAUUUAUUUGUAUAUUAUUCAUUUUAGCAGAUCAUUGCCUAAAAUUAAGCAAAGUAAAAUAUUUUGUUUCAUACACAAAUUUUCUUUGCCUGGAGAUUUAGCCUAGAAAGCAAGCAUAGUAUGUGAAGGUAAAUUCUUAUUUGCCUAUUUGAUGAUUUUAAUAGAUUGUUUUUCUAUAUUGUUUUAAUGAGAUAAUUUAGAAGCUUUGAAAUCUGCUUGAACAUCGUGCUUUAGUGACUUUGUACAUUGACUAUAAUGAGAAAUAAACAUUUUUUA